AUGUUAUCUACUAGCCGACUUUGCCACUUUACAAGUCCUUACGCACAAAAACAUCUACCCAGCAUGGCCGCGCUGGGAUUUGUCAGUGCCGCACCGCCGGCAGCUCCGACGACACCUUUGAAGGCACCCCGAUCCGCAUCGGCGUCAACAGCAUCCGGGCUGGGAGGCACACACGUCCUGGCAGUCUCAGCAACUGGUGGCAUUCUCUUGGCAGUUCGGCGGACAAGGCAGAGGAGCGCAAAAAGCCGCGCCUCGGGGGCUCGCAGUGUGGCCUGCAAGGGCCAGUUGCUGGACAAGGUCGAGAAGAAAGAGCAAGCGCGUGGCAAAGUUCCGAAGGAGCUGGAAGAGCAGCCGGCACAAGCCGUCGCAUCGACUUCGCGGGUGCCUAUGCUGAGCGCAGUCCUCCUCUUGGCUUGCGGGGUGCGCUUGGGAAUUGCAAAGGAGGCACCCUUCUUCGAGGUGGCAGAGGAGUCGGAGCCACGGCGAUGCAGCCAUUCCUGGUGUGAGACUAGAUUGCAGAACAUUGCAGACCAGGACAGGCUGACUUGGUUGGGCUUUAAGGAUCCGGGUCCGGUUGAAAGCCGCUUGGAAGACUUGGUGGCACGGCUUACCGUCGAGGAGAAGCGCCUUGGACUUGACAGGCAUUUCCUUUGCUGUCCUUCAGACAAAGCUUCCGAAGCCGUGAAGCUGAGGAUUCUGCAACUCAGCAACGACCUCUUCGGUGGCGUUCCAUCAGUCGACCUUUGA